UGUCAGGGUCAGCAGGCGGGUCCCUAGGGCGGUCCACCUGCGCGUCGGGGAGCCGCGCCCUGGGGGUCGAUGGCGAUGAACUAUAACGCGAAGGAUGAAGUGGAUGGUGGGCCCCCGAUUGCUCCCGGGGGCACCGCUAAGAACCGGAGACCGGAUAACACGGCCUUCAAACAGCAGCGGCUGCCCGCUUGGCAGCCCAUCCUUACGGCUGGCACGGUGCUACCCACCUUCUUCAUCAUCGGCCUCAUCUUUAUCCCCAUUGGCAUCGGCAUCUUCGUCACCUCCAACAACAUCCGCGAGAUCGAGAUUGAUUAUACUGGAACAGAUCCUUCCAGUCCCUGCAAUAAAUGUUUGUCUCCAAAUGUGACACCUUGUAUUUGUACCAUUAACUUCACACUGGAACAGUCAUUUGAGGGCAAUGUGUUUAUGUAUUAUGGACUGUCUAAUUUCUAUCAAAACCAUCGUCGUUAUGUGAAAUCUCGAGAUGAUAGUCAACUAAAUGGAGAUGCUCGUGCUUUACUUAAUCCCAGUAAGGAAUGUGAGCCUUAUCGAAGAAAUGAAGACAAACCAAUUGCUCCUUGUGGAGCUAUUGCCAACAGCAUGUUUAAUGAUACACUAGAAUUGUUUCUGGUUGGCAAUGAAUCUGAUCCUUCGCCUAUUCCUUUGAAAAAGAAAGGUAUUGCUUGGUGGACAGAUAAAAAUGUGAAAUUCAGAAAUCCCCCUGGAGACAUUCCCCUAGAAGAACGAUUCAAAGGCACAACAAAGCCAGUAAACUGGGUUAAGCAAGUAUAUAUGCUGGAUCUUGACGAAGAUAAUAAUGGGUUCAUAAAUGAGGAUUUUAUUGUUUGGAUGCGUACUGCAGCAUUACCUACUUUUCGUAAGUUAUAUCGUCUUAUAGAGCGGACAAAUGAUUUACAUCCAACAUUACCAGCUGGACGAUACUAUUUGAAUAUCACAUACAAUUACCCUGUACAUUCAUUUGAUGGACGGAAGCGGAUGAUCUUGAGCACUAUUUCAUGGAUGGGAGGAAAAAAUCCAUUUUUGGGGAUUGCUUACAUCGCAAUUGGAUCCAUUUCCUUCCUCCUGGGAGUUGUACUGCUAGUAAUUAAUCAUAAAUAUAGAAACAGUAGUAAUACUGCUGACAUAACCAUUUAAUUUUAUAUUCUGAAAACAAAUUUACUGCAUGUGCAUCAAGGCCAGUCCUGUUCAACCUAGCUUUCAAAUGCUGAUGUCUGGUUAGUAUGUCAUUUUUGAAAUUGGUACAUAACUUUUUUUCUUUUAAAGCAGUCUUUGUCCUUUGCUUCUUCCUUAUGGAUAACUUAUGAAAAUAUAUGACGGGUAUAAAACAAAUUAGCUAUAUUGAUCACAUCAACACUGUAACUGCUGAAGUGGCAUUCUGAUGUUUCCCUUUUGUUGGGACAGGCCGUAUGAUGCAUAGAGCCUCUUUCAUGUGAAAUGCGUCUGCUGCUUAAAUGUUUAUGCUGUGUUGAUAAUAUUAUAUUGAAAUGUGAUACUGUAUAUGUGUGCCUAUUGUGUGAAGAAAGGGGUUACAAGAUGUAUGAGUAUAAUAACUUGCUAACCUUUCAGGAUUCAGAGUUACAAAAGAAUGAAGAAAGACCAAAUCUAAAUAAAACACUUCAUCCUU